AAAGUUUUAAGUGAUGCGAAGCUACGAAACAUGUUGGAAGUAAUGAAGAAUCUAAACGUUUAAAAUGGUAAAAAAAAUCAGGUUAAUAGACAUGAACACAUCCUAAACCUCAAGUAAUGUUGACUCUAACCUGCACAUCAUUGUUGUUACAAUUGAUAACCAAGAGCACUGCACUGACAAAACCGGAUAACAUAGAAAAGUACUGGAAAACAACCUAUGUAACCGACCAUGUGCCAGACUAUUGGAAUCAUGGGCCGAUCUUUAUUCCUGGAGUAUCAGUUGUCAAGAAACCAGACAUCUUUCCAUCAUGGUUACCUAAUAAAGAAGUAUCAAGUACUACAGAACAUAAAUCUACAGAGAAAGUGACAGUAACUCAAGUUUCUGUAACAGAAACUGAGAAGACGCAAACAACAGUAACUGAAAAUGAACCUCCAAGUGAUAAAGAUGUUUACUCUACACGUCUUGAACCUACCACACCACCAUACCGAACUGUUGCGUUAGAAAAAUCAGUAAGGAAAGGAAAGGAAGAUGAAACAACAGAAGUUGAAAUCACUAAAGCUGAAACCACUACAGUUUUAGCAACGAGAGGAUAUCGUGAAGAAAUGGAUCCAGUUAUGAGAGGGCUUGAAGAGCCUACAUCGGAGCCAUUUUCCGUGUUUUUACGGAAAUUAUUAAUCGUUUUGUCAACUAAAAGGGAUGACGAUUUGCCAUUGCUGAAGGAUCAAUUCAGAGAAUAUGUACACAUCUUGCUUAACACCGGUAAGCUAAAUGCAUUGGGUGUCAAAAUCAGUGCGUACAUCGCAACAAGGCUUUUAAUAUUAGAGGAUUACCCCUCAGACGCGAUGCAUGAUUUUUUUGAUAAACUUCAUAAAAAGCUGGCCGACAGAAACAAGGCUCUUCCCAAAGAAGUGAACCAUAUUUUGGACUACAUGGAUGAUACAUACAUUGAGGCAGAAGAAGAAGCUAUGCAGGUGGUCUUAAGGGAGACCUAUCUGUAUCCUAAUACUAAAAACAAAAAUAAAAUUGCUCAAGGAUUUGUAGAUUUCGUGUUCCUGAAACCGCUGAUGAGAGUAGUAGGAACCUCAAGAGGCAAGGUUCUGAUAAAUAUGAUUACAAAUGCUCUAGUAAAACUAGCAACGCCUGCAGACUUGUUACAAACCCCAAAGUAUUUAGCAUACAAUCGUAAAUACUUAAAGGAACCAAAAAAUGUCAAACACGAGUCUAGCAUUGACACAGAUGAACAUAUGCUAAGUAAAGAAAGUAAAGACGAUGAAAGUACAGAUUUAUCUGGCAUCAGUAGUGAUUUAAGUGAAAGUUCCGAAUUCACAAGUUCUAGCGAGGCAAGUGAGAGCAGUAAGGAAAUAAAAGAACGUACGGAAUACGAGUUUAGAAAUAAUAGAACAAUAAAAUCUGCGUAUCUUAAGAAAACAUACAUAUUUAGCAGUAGAGAAACACCGAGUAACAGGUCUAUGAAUGAAAAACAAUAUGGUCAACGAAAUUCUGACAAAAGUAUUCCAUCAAGUACAUUCACAUAUACUACAUCUAAUGAUGAUGUAAAAACGACUGAAUCUAGUGAUAUUGAAACGGUACUAGAAUCUAAAAUAUAUGAUAUUUUUAAAAGUAUGGGUAACGUAAACCACAAUACAUCUAGAACAUUGAAAUACAAGGUCACGACAAAGCUCAAAGUUGAUAAGCGCGCGGAAGAUAGUGACAUAGAAUUAGAGAGAGAAGUAGAUAGAAAUAUUUCUAUAGUGUUAAAUAAAUUAUUGAACAAAUAAAAUGUUUCUUAGUAUGUAUUGUCUUCAGUUAUAUUACGGAGUCAGUCACUCAUGAAAGUAAAACUAUGGAAACUAAUUAUAUAGCGUGUAGCAGAGUUGUAUCAUGGCCGUGCAUGUUAUCAACUCGUUCCCAUGGAACGUGUUAGUUUUAGUUCACAUAGACAAAUAUUAAAUGGAAUUAUUCAUUAUAGUUUAAAGUUUCAUUAACAAAUCUAAUGGUACCUUUAAACUUGGGAUUUCUCUUGAGACAUUCAUCUUAUUUCUUAUUUAUUGAAUCAAACAUCUUAUAUAAGAACUUAAAGAAUACAAUGUCAGUUUAUCAACUUGUAGCCAUGUCUCACUUAUGUGUGUUUACAGUAGGCAUACGUCGUUGAAUUUAUUAGUAUUACAUUACAAUCCACUGGAAAAAUAAACUACCAAAACUACUAGGCAUAUUUUUUAUUCUAAAUUAUCCCGAAUCAACACAAAUAGUAAUGUACAAAAACCGGCCAAGUGCGAGUCGGACUCGCCCACCGAGGGUUCCGUACAAACUUUCUUUCAAACUACCUAGUAAAAAUAAUCUCAUAUUUUCAUAUAACUCUAAUGACUUGACUAGAA